CUAAAUUUGACUUAAUACCUGGUUUUUCUUGGGGUUAUAAAGCAAUAUUAGAUCAGUACUACAAUAUCAGUAUAGAUAAUUGUUAGAUAACAAACAAUUUCAUGGCCUUUCACAACUUUCUGCUGCUCUCUCUGAUUGCUGCUUAUGCAUCUGCUGCAACUGAUGGCAAGCUAUCCCCGAAUUAUUACUCGUCUACGUGCCCGAAAGCGUUGUCUAUUAUUCAGGCAGGAGUUGCAGCAGCAAUAAAAAAAGAAACACGCAUGGGAGCAUCUUUGCUCAGAUUGCAUUUUCAUGACUGUUUUGUGAAUGGCUGCGACGCAUCGGUCCUGUUAGAUGAUAAUGCCACCUUCAUAGGGGAGAAGACUGCUGCUCCUAACAAUAACUCAAUUAGAGGAUUUAAUGUUAUUGAUGACAUUAAAGCUAAGGUAGAAAAAGCUUGCCCUGGUGUUGUGUCCUGUGCUGAUGUUGUUGCGCUGGCAGCUCGAGACUCGGCUGUUUAUUUGGGGGGUCCUUUUUGGAAUGUUGGGUUGGGAAGAAGAGAUUCUCUCACUGCAAGCAGGGCACUUGCAAAUAUUUCUAUCCCUCCACCUACUUCUAAUCUGAGUGCUCUCAUUACAAGCUUCUCUGCUCAGGGCCUCUCUUUCAAGGACUUGGUGGCUCUUUCAGGCUCACACACCAUAGGCUUGGCCAGGUGCACAUCAUUUCGAGGUCACAUCUACAACGAUUCUAAUAUUGAUCCCUCCUAUGCCAAGUCAUUACAGCGGAUUUGCCCAAGAAGUGGGAAAGAUAAUGUUCUUGCACCCCUUGAUCUCCGAACUCCAACCCGUUUUGAUAAUCUGUACUACAAGAACUUGUUGGAACGGAAGGGCCUUCUUCAUUCAGACCAAGAACUCUUCAAUGGCAACUCUGCUGAUUCCCUCGUUAGAAGAUAUGAAAGUAACCCUUCUAAAUUUUUCAGGGACUUUGCCAGUGCUAUGGUUAAGAUGAGCAACAUUAAGCCCCUCACAGGCAGACAGGGAGAGGUAAGAAAAAAUUGCAGAAAAGUCAAUUGAAAGUCCUUGUGCUGGCAAUUGAGGAUCAGAAGUAUGAAUAAAAUAAUAUUUGAAGCAUGUAGUAGACAGCCUUUUACUCAGGGAAUUAUCUGCCAUGUAUGAAUGUGGGAAUCAAAAGUUACAACUGCAAUAGAGUGAUUUGAAGAAUUUAC